AUGCCUGGACGCAACGACGAGGGCUGGGAGAUGGACGACCCAAAUGCGCCCACGCAGGUUGGUCCGGACGCCCCAGACCCGCCCUCAGACCCCGCCGUGCUUCGGAAAGAAGCUCUCGACGCAAUGAGUAACGGACAACACUACAGAAAGGCUCCGGAGUGGUACAAAACUGUUUUUGAAAUUAUAUGUGAAGAGCCGGAGGAGGGGGAGCCGGAGGACAACGAGCCCACCUCCAGCCAAGUGGAUUGGAUAGAGCACCUGAACAACUUGGGGCGCCACGACCCCGGCAAAUGGAUAGGCUACGCGUUGGGGGUUUUGUCCAAGCUAAACAGCGAAACCAUCAACUCUUGCUUCAAAUCAUGUGGCGAAGUGCUUGGUACGUCUGGUCAACGCGACAAAUGGCUCGAAUGGCAUUUAAAAAUGUGGAUAAGUGUGGUGGCUCCUUUGCUGCGUAUCUACGAAGUGGAGGACGAGAUAGUGAACUCUUUGGUUGAAUUCUGUCGACAAGCGGGUUUCGAGCAUAUGGAUGAUGACUGGCUUGAGAUACAGACUCGUUGUAUUAAAGCACUUUUAGAGGAAAUGAGAUGGCCAAGCCUCGAUGGCGUACCCAAACCGAGCCCAACUUAUGUGAUGGUGGGCUAUAAGGAGGCUAGAGAAGAGCCUGUUUCUGCAAUUACAAGAGCCCUUCAUGGGAACCCCCCGAGCGGGGGUAGCAUGGGGAUGAUGGGCGGAGACGCUGCUAUGAAUGCUUUUCGGGAUCGGUUCGCCGGAGGCCGUCAGGGUCAAGGUCAUUAA